AUGGCGGAGUCCCAGGUGCUCCUGUUGGACGAGCUGCACGUCAACGAGAAGGUGACGGAGGCCCAGGCCCGCUUCUACUACAGCGAGGAGCAGCGCCGAGCCCUGGAGGCGCUGGUGACCCGCGGCGAGGCGGCAUAUCGGGAGGCGCUGAGGAAGGAGCAGCUCCGCGACUUCCUCUCCAGCCGGGAGCUGCAGGACCUGCGGGGCGGAUGGCGGGGAUACGACGACCCCCGGGAGGGCGGCAAGGUGGCGCGGGGGCCCGGCGGCGAGACCCUCUCCCUGGCCUACUGGCCCGAGUGCUCCGACACGGAGGUGCCCCCAUUGGACUUGGGAUGGACCGACAAGACCUUCUACCGGGGCAUCAGCCGGGUGUCCCUCUUCACGCACCCCCGCAAGGAGGAGAGCGCGCCGCACCUGAAGGAGGUGGUGCGGGAGAUGAUCCAGCAGGCGCAGAAGAUUAUUGCAGUGGUCAUGGAUGUAUUCACAGACCGGGACAUCUUCCGCGAUAUCGUUGAUGCAGCAUAUAAGCGCUGGAUCCCAGUCUAUAUAAUCCUAGAUGAGGAGAGUGUGAAGCUUUUCCUGGAAAUGUGCAGAUGUCUUGACCUCAGUGACUUGCAGAUCCGGAAUAUCCGCGUACGUUCUGUGACAGGAGUUGGGUUCUACAUGCCAUCAGGGAAGAUCAGAGGCACAUUGGCAUCCCGAUUCUUAAUGGUGGAUGGUGAAAAGGUGGCCACUGGAUCAUACAGCUUCACGUGGACUUCAUCCCACAUCGACAGAAACAUCCUGCUAGUCUUGACAGGACAGCAUGUGGAAAUGUUUGACGUUGAGUUUCGUGAGCUCUAUGCCAUCUCAGAGGAAGUUAAUUUAUACAAGGAACUGGGUAUUGCUAAUCCAUUCCUUCUUGGAAUUGGGAAGCCAGGCCUUCAUUCCUCCACUGUGGCUCGGAAGUUCAUCAACCCCAAGUAUGGUUUAGUUGCAGGAGCAACCCGUGGUGAUAUGAUGCUCUGGGCUUCACGCCACAGGCAAGAUAAUCAGGGAAACAUGGAAAAGGAGGAAACAAGUGAGUCAAAGAAGCGGUUAAAUCAGUUUCUAAAUGACUUAGUCACAUUGGAGCAAGUGUUCCCAGAAAUAGAUCCCCCUCUGGAGAACUUGAACAAGCUGAAUCGGAGCCCUCAGAAACUGUUGUCCCGGCUCCACAUGGACCUGAAAAAUAAAUCCAAAUCCAGAGAAUCUAUUCGUGACGUGAAGAAAGAAGACGCACAGAUCAAUUCAAAGCAAGGAAAACGGUUUGCCAGUGGGCUUUUCAGUCGCAAGGCCAAACGGUCUCCAGGCUCAAGCAUUGAGGCCAAUUCUUUUGCCAGUGAAGGACACUCAGGAGAAGACCUUGGCAACAUGAAACUGGAAUAUGAGCGGCUCAGCAUUGGCCAUGCUAGCGUUCGUAGCACUGGAGGCAUCUCAGGUAACCUGAAUCCAAACUCCACUAUGAGUGAUAAAAACAAACAAUCUGCCUGUGUGUUAUCUUGAUUUGGAAGGACUGUCUGGAGAACUGAAGACUGAACAAGAUGGAACAGUAACUUCUUAAUUGAUUUUGAACCUUCAGCCAUAUCCUCAUGCUGGGGUCUGUAAAGCCACUGCACAGUCCUGGAUGCAUCUGGCACCCCCAGUUAAAGCACAUUUACUG